AUGCAGCUGUACCUGAGACUUUGUGCUUUUGCCCUACUCGUCCUGCAAGUUCUGGCCUACCCAUUCCCUCGCCAGAACAAUGACAACGACCCCGAUGGCCUGUCUUUGCAUAAAAGACAAAGCUCCAAGCUCCGUGUAAUGCCCCUCGGGGCCUCCAUUACAUAUGGGACGAAAUCGACAGACAAAAACGGAUACCGCAAAGCCCUACGGGACUCGAUGACCUCGGCAGGCUGGAAUGUCGACAUGGUGGGCUCCCGGAAAUCCGGCACGAUGACGGAUAACGAUGUCGAAGGCUGGCCUGGUUAUACUAUUAGCCAGGUCUUCGACAAAGCCAAGGCCCAGUAUAACCUGAAGCCCGAUCUGGUCUUGAUCAACGCCGGCACAAACGAUUGCAUCAAGAACCAGGAAGACGCACUUGCCAACGCCAAGAGCAGAAUGAGAACCAUGGUCCGUGGUAUAUUCGACAAUGUCGGCGACGUGACGAUCGUCCUGUCGGGCUUGUUGCCAAACAAAAACCGCAACGACUGUACCCGGACCCUCAACAACCAAUACCGGUCGAUCGUUCAGGAAAUGGCUGGUAGGAAGAUUGUCUUUGCCGACACCUGGGGCUCAUUCACGUUUAAUGACCUGGCUGACACCACUCACCCUACUGACGCCGGGUACAAAAAGCUGGCAGGCAUCUGGUGGCGCGCUGUGAAGAACGCGGCUGACAAGGGCUUCAUCAGGUCGAUGGAUGAUCUAUGGAGAAAUGGGGAAACCGACGAGGCUGACGUGGAUGGAUGA